AUUUUUACAGUUAAAUAUUAUGGUUGAUUAAUUAGUACAGAAAGAAAAACAUCUGAAUGAAUGAUUGCUGAUAAAUGAUGGGGUUAAUUAUCACGAGGUUUUCUCUGUCAUCAGGAACAAAUAAGAAAAAUUAUUUUAAAGUGAAGGCGCAUUUACUUAUUUAUGUAUGACUGACGGCCAAAGUCCGAUCAUUUCACAACAAAUCAUCAUCCACUCCAAAGUGUCAGUGUCGGAUGAUUGGACAUCUUUGUAAACAUACAAAAUGUGGAGCAGCAUCAGAAAUAUACUCAACAAACGGAAAUGGGCCAAGUGGGAGACCGCACCCAAGGACCUGGUCAUUUUCCACACAUUUGGGAAAGCAGCCAAUAUUCCGAGUGCAUCUCCCUUUGUGCUAAAGCUUCAAACUUAUUUAAGAAUGGCACAAAUUCCACACAAGACAGACUCGAAACACCAAAUAGGACCGAAAGGAAAAGCCCCCUGGAUAAGUCUGAACGGGGAGCAUAUGGGAGACUCGGAAUUGAUUAUUAAUCACCUCAAUGAGCACUUUAAAGUCAACCUUAACAAGGGUUUCACCCCCGCACAAUUGGGUGUGGCUACAUGUGCACGAGUUGCACUAGAGGAACAUUGUCUUUGGGGCAUAGCUAUGGAACGUUUCAUUUUUAACCCAACUCAAUUUCCAAAAGUUGUGGGGGUAGGACCUCUCUAUGACAAAAUUCUAAUGACAGUUGGUGGCCAUUUUGUGAGCAAGAGGUCAAAAGGCCAAGGAAUUGGCCUCCACUCACAACAAGAAAUCGAACACCUCUGUAUCAAGGACUUAAGAGCAGUUUCAGACAUUAUUGGGAAGAACGAUUUUUUGCUCGGGAGUGGACCGUGUCAAGAUGACUGCGCUAUUUUCGGAAUCUUGGCUGUCACCCUGUGGGGGCAGCCAAAUUCUCCAUAUGAAAAACUUUUGCGAGAUGAUUUGCACAAUUUACGGGACUACUGUAUUCGUAUGCGAGACAUUUAUUUUCCAGACUGGGAAAAAUGCAUCAGACCAACGUCGUCCUCGAUUAGCCGUGGUGGUGCGAACAAUACCAACAAAAUUAAAGCCAAAUUGUGAUUAUUUAUAAGCCAAACAAAUACAAGCUUUUAUUUUAAGAAAUAUAGCUAUACAAAACUGAGGGGUUUAUAAAAACUGUAAUAAAUCAUAAUUUUUGGGGGCUUUUGAAAA